AUUUUGAACAAACACAGAAUGCCUGCCCAGAGAACAGGCAUAGGAAAUAAUGAAGCUUUCACAGUUGUAACAGUUGCAAGUGAUGGAAUAAAUACUGAGACUAUAAACAGUUUACAAAGUACUGCAUCAUCAUCAAAGUACGUUGACAUCCCAACAGCAGUGGAUUACGAGCCCAUCGGAAAUCUGGAUACCCCGCUGGAUACAUUUGUAAUCUCGUCCACACCUGAGAUAGGGGGAGUGGAAACGGUGCUAGUGGAAGGUCAGUCUGUAGAUCAGACUUCUGGCUCGAUUGCAUUGUCACAGAAUGAUUCUACGUCCAGCAAUGCACAACAACCUGAAAUUAUCUACGUAUCUCAGCCACCGGCUGCAAAAACUACUCCAGAAGUAAUUGUUGUGUCACAACCUUCUGCAACUAAAGCCAUUACAACAAUAAAGAGACCUUCAUCAGGAUCUGGCAGUAGUCCUGUAGUGACUAAAGUGAUAAUUACAAAGAACCCAAAUACUAGUCAGCCUCAAGCUAUGCCCAUUCAACUGAACCAGGUCAUAGGUCAGACCAUGUCUCUGUCCUCCGUGGCUCAGGGCAUCAAUAUCAUACCACAGGGCUCACAGACGCCCACAAAGACCAUAACAAUAUCACCACAAGGCAUUGUGUCUGGUUCUUCAGUGAAAGUUGCUACUAUGUCUUCUCCUGGUAAGGUAGGAAUACCAGUGCGACAGCUUCCAAUGUCACCAACAAAGACUCCUACAAAAAUAACAAUGAUUCCUGUGUCAGUGGGAAAGUCCCCACAGCGGAUAGCACCAGCUGCAAUAUCUAUGUUAGCGAAGAAUACAUCAGAUACUGUGUCGUUCACACCAGUGACUAUCUCCAGUACAACUGGAAAUACUGUGACAGUUUCUAGACCUGUGAAUAUGAUAACAAUGUCACCAUCAAAAGUGAUAAAACAGGGGACUGUGCUUCACUCUGCGUCUGGCCAGACAUUACUUGGCUCUAAUCCUCAAAUAAUUACACAAGGAGGUGUAAAACAGAUGGCCAUUCCUAUGUCCGGUGUCCAUUCGGUCCAGGGCAGCAAGUUCCAAUAUCUCCGCUUGGUCGCUCCUUCGUCCCAAGCUGGGAAGGUACCCGCUGCACAGUUAACAUCUGUAGUUCAUGGGAUACCAGUUUCCAACUCUGGGGGAGUUUCCUUAGCACAGCCCGGACAGCAAAUGAAAAUCACUCUUCCAGUGCAGAAGACAGGUGUAUCCCAGGCGACUACAGCUGGUGUACAUCGCAUUCUGUUGCCUGCUCAGCCGAAUCAAGUACAUACUGUUGGCACAACUACAACAGCCACCACACUCCAGCAGAUCCGCCCGGCAACCUCCUCCAGGCCCCUCGGACAGCUGCCCCCUGGUGCCACCAUCUUGUCUGCUGGAAACAGCGGUCAGGGUCUACAAGGGUUUGCACUGGUACCAGCUUCAUUACUCACACAGAUGCAGCAUACUGCUCCUAAACCAGUAGCUCAAGUGGCCCCUCCAGAACCACAAGUUCAAGUUCAGCAGAACAGGCAGGACUACGUAGCUAUUGCUAGUAAUGACCCUUCUAUUAGUGCUAACGCCAUGGCCAGAAACUCAGUCAAUGGCCUCAGUCCUGUGAUAGAGCCAACCGGUGCCCGCCCAAGAAAGCCAUGUAACUGUACAAAAUCACAGUGCUUAAAACUGUACUGUGACUGCUUUGCUAAUGGAGAAUUUUGUCAUAACUGUAACUGUAACAAUUGUGCUAAUAACCUGGAACACGAAGAAGAACGAUCCAAAGCUAUUAAAUCGUGCCUGGACAGAAAUCCAAUGGCUUUUCAUCCAAAGAUUGGUAAAGGUCGUGAGGGUAAUGGUGACCGUCGACAUAACAAGGGCUGUAACUGUAAACGCUCUGGAUGCCUUAAAAACUACUGUGAAUGCUACGAGGCAAAAAUUAUGUGUUCAAAUCAUUGUAAAUGUGUGGGAUGUAAGAACUUUGAAGAAAGUCCAGAAAGGAAAACCUUGAUGCAUUUGGCCGAUGCAGCUGAGGUACGGGUCCAGCAACAGACUGCAGCCAAAACCAAAUUAUCAUCACAGAUCUCUGGGAUACCUUCGCGACCCCCAGUUUCCUCGGCCACUGGGGAAAGGUUGCCAUACACGUUCAUCACAGCAGAGGUAGCAGAGGCAACAUGUGCUUGUCUGCUGGCACAGGCUGAGGAAGCGGAACGGCUCAAGAUGCCUCCAGUUGUUCAGGAACGAAUGGUGAUUGAAGAAUUUGGGAGAUGUCUUCUACAAAUUAUAAAUUCUGCAAACAAGACAAAAGAUAUACCUCUGGAGAGUGAUGGAGAACCGUGAUUAUGAUGGAAAAACAAGCCAAGGAAGUAACUAAUGAGGAGAAAUUGUAUCAGAGAAGUGGGAACCUGUCAUGGUGCUGGGCUCUACUGUCUAGCUUUGUGACUACUCUAGAUUCUAUGCAUCAUGUAAGAAUGGACAUGCCUGUGAUGAUUGGAGCGUGGGAAUACUUACAGAAAGACUUGUUUAAAUUGUGUACAUAUGGACCAGUCGCACAAGUAUGGGACUAGUCUUGUAUAUUGACCAGUGACUAGGUGUAUAGUAUGAGAUUGGUGCAAAAUAUUGUACAGUAAAAUUUUAUUUAAUAUAUUAUGAAUGAGGAAUUCUGACACCUAACCUGCCUAUUAUCAAAGUGUUAUCAUCUGUUGUCACUGUGCUUUGUUUUAAGUGGCCAACUGUUCCCAGCCGUCACCAGCCGUCACCAGCUUCAACAGCCAUAAGCCUGGGUUGAAUUCUCACAUUUUCUGCCUCUCAGUUACACUACAUUUGCUCUCAAAUUGUCUGCCAUAUUUCCAUAGAUCUGAGAGGUUUUUUUUACCAAAGCUUUGUCAGGGUGAAAGAAAAUUUCAAGUUAAUUUGUCUUAUUUUGACAUAUGAUUGAUCUUUUUUUUUUAGUGCACGUGUCACUGAAACUAGCAUAACCUGUCCCAAGUUAAAAUAAUAUCUUCAAAAAAUUUCAUAGAAAAGUUUUACAUUUUAAGGAAAAAUACCUCGUACAUGAUUUCUUCCUUUUCUAAUGUUUUACUAAUGGACAAAUUUAGUUGACAAAUUCUCAAGAAAAGUUGAUAACCCUGGUGCCUCUGUCAACCAACACCAUGCUGUGAAGUAGAUAUACUACCUGUUGUUACCUUUGUAUCAUUUUAUAUACCAUUUACAGAAUAUUGAAAUGUCCAUCUGCUCCCAUACCACCAGUGAAAUUUCAACCUACCAUGAACUUAUCUAUUUGAUCAGUAACUACAUAAAUAUAAGACAAUCAACACCUUUAUAUUAAAGUUCAUAUUUUGCCUAUUUUCUUAAAGCAUCAUAUUUAAAUUUGAAAUUGUUUUCACUAUUGAUGGACACUGUAAACUCUGGAUGAGAAUUUUUUAAUGUUGCAGUAUAUGUAUGUUUAAAGUCUCAAGUUUUUAUCAAGCCAAUUUAUUUUCUUCUCAAACAAACACUUCUUUCUACAGCUCAGGUAUUCUUACUUGAUCACAAAAUAGAUCCAUGAAAUUUUCUUGAAACCAGUUGCAAUAUGGUUAUGACUAUUUCUUCACAAGAGAAACUUUAAUUUUAGUAACCAUUGUAUACUCGAGGCACUACUAGUCCCAUUGUAUGAAAGUUAUCUGUUUUCAUUGUCAUAAUUCAUUUCAUGGGAAUUUGUUGAGUUUCUUUGUUGACUUUGACAGUCUAUGAAGGAUCUGCUGCUCUGUAUCAACUUUCCUAAUUCUUAUUCUGUCCUACUGAUUCUAUUUCCUUGUAUCCAUUCAACAGAUUUGUGCUUUUUGUAUAUAAUUUUUCAUGGUUUGUAUGAUGAGUUUUUUUUAGAAGUCUAUGUUUUAUGACAUUUUGGGUAAAUAGAGUGGUAUAUAAAAGAAAGUGGUAAAAUUUCUCCAUUCCUUCAUUCCU